ACACACGUGCUGAGGUUGUUUGGGUCGGAACCAUUUGAGAGCAACAUCAGACAGCGCCAGAACCCGAAUCGAACCUCGAGUUCAUCAAAACCCCGGCAGACCGGAACAUUAAAUAAAGAUCUGUUACUACCGUUUCAACACCGAACCGAACCGGCGUUCUGUUUAUCUGUGCUACCUGUAAAUCCGUCCUACCUUGUGGUCAUGCUCACAUCGAUGCUACGUCACAAUCUGCUGACUCAGCAGAUUUCUUAUAAAUCCGUCCUACCUGUGGAAGUUUCGUUUCAUGUGUUUUAUUUCAUCGCAGAUUACGGUUAGCUUUAUUUCAUUUAUUUUAUUCCCGGCUUUCAUUAAGCUGCUGAAUUACUUCAUGGUUUUACUUUACAUGACAGCAGCUUGUAAAUUUAUCUAUAAAUGGUUUUAGUUUGCUGUCUGAAAUGUCGUUCCUGUAAACAUAUCAUUAUUUGGCGGUUAAUCAGGACAAAAUAUGUUGGGUUUUUAGCUAUUUUGUCCUUAUAAUUAAAAAUAUUUUAGUUUAAUAACGCUCUUUAUUACUAAACUUUGCUGAAUAGAUGUUAGUGAUACUAUGUGGGAUUUUAGCUGUGUAAUAUUAGUGUAUAUGAAUCAUAUCCUAUCAUUUCAGUGACCUGCUCAGUUCAGUGACACAUUGUGGCUGCAUUUAAUAAAGUCUGUCAUACAGCAGAUUAAUGCACAAAAAAGAGUCACACUGAUCUGUAUUUGUCUUUAAUUCCAAUAAAACCUGUUUCCUCUGUCUGAUACGGUUUUAUUCUUACUAACCUCUGUAUUUAAAAUAUUUUAACAGGUAGGAUAUUCUAGUAAAGGAUUAGUGCAAACAUCUACAGCUUUUCAUUUUAAACAGGUAGAUAUUCAGAUGAAGGAAGUGAUCUUCUUGUGGUUUCGUCAUGGAUAGAAAUUGUUCCGAUGCUAAGCUAACCAUAACUGCUAAGCUUCCACUUCAGUCACUCAAAUAUUGUUAUCGUGCCAGGUAGGACGGAUUUAUAAGAAAUCUGCUGAGUCAGCAGAUUGUGACGUAGCAUCGAUGUGAGCAUGACCACAAGGUAGGACGGAUUUACGGGUAGCACAGAUAAACAGAACACCUGAACGCCGACCAGACCUGGACCGGACCGGGACUAGACUCUGAGCUGACUCAGAUAGAUAUGUGAUCUAGACGGAACAUCAUGGCAGAACCAGAACCAGCAGCAGCUGGUCAGAACCAGGGGCUCACCCCAGCAGAACCAGGUUUUUAAAUCAGGUCUAACAGAACCUCUCUGAGCCGGCCAGGUCCGGUUUAUAUGACCAGAAGUUUGGUUCUGAUCGUCUGUCGUCCCGCAGCGUUACCUGCCCAGGUAUCUGUGCUGCUACCUGAGUGUGGCUCCGCCCCCUCUCACCUGGAGUCCAUCCUGAACAGCUUCAGCAGCUUCUACCUGAUCAAGAAGCUGCCCUUAUAUGAGCUGCUGGACAAAGACUUCCUACAGAGCGCCGUGUACCAAGGCAGCGUGUACGGUCUGUCCUUCAGAACUCGGAUCGACGAGGAUAACUGCGUCGCUCUAAUGCCAAACGGUCACCUGGUGUUCUCUCUGGAUAAGGACACCUUCGAAACGCUGGGCCUUGAGGGCCGACCUUCCAGAUCCAACAGAACCAGCAGCAGAUACGAGGUAACGGUGGACCUGAGGGAUGGCAGCAUGGCCCCUGGUGGGCGGGGCUACCUGAGGCUCCUCCAGGCUCUGACGUCACGCCUGAAGCUGCAGAUGGACUUCCUGAUCUCGCAUCAUCCAGGGGGCGGGGCCUCGCUGCAGCCCCUCCUAUCUCGCUGCGAUUGGUCAGAACGCAGACCGGAUGUCGGCCGGUGCGCCCUGAGCCGCCUGGUCCACCCCUCCCUGCGGUCGUGUGACCCCCACGACCUCCUGGAGUGGAUCGGCGCCGUGGACGCCUCCGUCAGCCGUGAGAAUUCAUCCAGCGACUUUCUGUCUACUCUCACCUGUCUGGAACCGGAGGCGACCGUCAGCCGGGCAGUGAGCGUGUCGGCCUGCGGCCUGCUGCUGCCGCAGGACCUGCAGCACCUAGUGGAGGAGCUGAGGUGUCACCUGCAGCAGGCCCAGACAAACUCCUGGGCUUCUGUGACGGUUCACGGCUUCACCGACAGUCCGGUGUCCUGGGACGACGACGAGCGCGACGUCCUGACCGGAGGUCACGACCUCUACAACCUGCUGAUGUUCCCUGAUCACACAUACCGCCUACACCUGGCCGCUGGGGCACAGAACACCUGCCCGCCCUGAUGGAUUUCCCCGCCCCCUCCAAUGUAAAGCCGGGCCUCAGAGAGUGCGGAUCCCUAACGUCCCAGAUUCUGAUGGGUCGGUUCUGAUAUGUACUGGAACCAACUGGUCCAGGAUCUGAGAUUUACUGGAAGGAGAACAGUAGACUCGUGUUCCGAACCGCCGGGUUCCCUGAGGACAUCAGUGUUUCUGUCAUCUGCAGCUGUUUAAAUAAAUGGAUCCAAGUU